UGGCGGUGGCGGAAACGGCGGCGGUGGAAGCGGCGGUGGUGUUGCUGGUGUUGGUGGAGGAGGAACGGUCGGCAACGAGACCCUCGAUCCAUCGAGAUCCAUCAAAAUCCAGGAAGAGGACGACGAGGAUAUCACCGAGAGGGAGGACGACGAGGAGGACGAGGAUCCUUGUAGCUCGCCCGAACCUGACCUCGACAACGAACCGGAACCCAUGGAGGUUCAAUCCUCGGCCGUCACGGCGGCCGCUAACCUUCACGUCUUGCGACAACACGUCUUCAAGAUGUCCGACUAUUGGCAACAGCCGCAACGGGGCCCGCCUCAGCAUUCGCCGGGGAUACAACACAGCCCUAUCUCCAAUUCGACUCAACAACAACAGCACCAACAACAAGUGCAACAAAUGCACAGUCCUCUCGGCCAACAACAACAGCAACAGCAGCAGCAACACCAGCAGCAACAGACAAACGUCUCGCAGGUGCAACAGACUGGCAACUCGGGAUUAGGACAGACCGCCAGUCCGCAACAGCAGAUGCAACAACAACAGCACGCCAUGUCCAUGAACCAACAAACGGCUCAAGGAGGCCAGCAUCAAUCGUCCCCGGCGCCGACGACGCCGUCGCCACAGGCUGACCACCAGGGUGCAAUCGCGUCCAGCAUGGCCCAAAGUCUUCACAGCCUGGCGCAGGCACAACAGACCAUGUCGCAGGCCUCGAGUCCGUCGCUGGCCGUUCAGGCGGUCCAGGCCGCUCAAGCGGCCCAGGCGCUCAACCAAAAUUUGGGACAGGCGUUGACUCAAGCCUUGACGCAGAACAUGCAACAGAACCUGGGCCAAACUUUACAGCACAAUCUCGCGCAGAACCUCACGCCGAGUUUGUCGCCGCAGCAACAACAACAGCUGCUCAAUCAACCGCAAAACCUUAGCCAGACCAGCCAGAACCUGCAACAGAACAUCCAGAGUCAGGCGCAGAACCUGUCGCAAACGCUGCAACAACAAGCGCAGAAUUUGACACAGAACCUUGGCCAAAGCCUCAGCCAACAGGCGCUGCAGCAACAAGCGGCUCAAAAUCUCACGCAAAAUUUGCAGCAGCAGGCUCAAAAUCUCACGCAAAACCUGCAACAACAGGCGCUGAACAUGUCCGGCAGCAUCGCUCAAAACGGUGCACUCGCCGGGAUGAAGAUGUCCAAUCAACAACAAAACUCCCAGAACUCGAUGCUCAGUCCCGGUGCUACCAGCCAGGACUCCCACGACAUCAGCCUGACGGAGAAGCUCGUCAACGAGUUACAGUCUCGUGCCUCUGCGGCGGGACUUGGAGGUGCAGGAGGCGCCGGCGGAGGCGCAGGAAUGGGCAACCUCACCUUCGAGGAGUGCUGGUCCGUCGUGCAAGGAGUCUUCUCGCAGAUCCUCAUGCACAAGAGCGCGAUGCAGAUGCACGCGAGGGAGCUCGGCGCAGCGGGUGCACUGACGGCGAGAGCUGGCGGCGGGAUGGCGGGCGGAUUGGCAGCGCUUGCACCGAUCGGCGUCGGGCCAGGCGGUAUGAUCGCCGGCAACGAGGUAAAGCCACACCAGUGCCAGCAAUGCCUCAAGUCAUUCUCCAGCAACCACCAGCUCGUGCAGCACAUCAGGGUCCACACCGGCGAGAAACCGUACAAAUGCAGCUAUUGCGACCGCAGGUUCAAGCAGCUCAGUCAUGUACAGCAACAUACCCGCUUGCAUACGGGAGAACGACCGUACAAGUGCCAUCUACCGGAUUGCGGGCGGGCAUUCAUUCAGCUAUCGAAUUUGCAGCAACACCUUCGAAAUCACGACGCCCAGGUGGAACGGGCGAAGAACCGGCCGUUCCAUUGCAACAUCUGCGGCAAAGGCUUCGCCACAGAAUCCAGCCUUCGUACCCACACGUCGAAGGUCAGUCAUUGUUCCAAGUACCCGUGGCAACGAUUAAAGGAGUUGCAACAGCGUGUUGUGUUCCAGCAACACGCCGCCUUGAUCGGCGGCCCGAACGCAACCAGCUGUCCUGUCUGCCACAAACUCUUUCUCGGUGGCGAAGCUCUUAUGGAGCACAUGAAGCACACCCACAAGGAUCCGAAUGCCUCCGGCGUAGCCAUUCCCUCCGCUGACUGCACAACCUCCGUUGUCGGGGUUUACAUAGCGAAGCGACGGACCGCCAACCACCCGUGUCCAGUGUGCGGAAAACACUACGUCAACGAGGGUAGUCUUAGGAAACACCUGGCCUGCCAUCCUGAGACCAGUCAACUAAGCACGAGCCUCAGGAUGUGGCCGUGCUCGGUGUGCCAGGCCGUCUUCACUCACGAGAGCGGUUUGUUGAGUCACAUGGAGCACAUGAGAAUGGACCCGAAGCAUCAGUUCGCGGCGCAAUAUGUUUUAAGUCGCGCCGCCGCCGAGAGGCGGGAGAGAGAGAUCCUGGCAUCCUCGAGUUUAGGUGCGGGAUUGGGUGUGUUGGGAAGUCAAUCGGGCGGACCACAAAAUUUGCAACAACCACCGAUGUGUCCUUCGCCGUCGGCUCACUCGGACAGCAGCAGCGGAAACGGAAGACUAUCGUCGGCCGGUAGUGAACCUGACUUUUGCGUAGGUACCGGUCUACUCAACAACAACAACAAUAACAACAACAACAAUAUGGCAUCGCCGGGACCGAGCAGCAACAAGCUGAGCGACAUGCUACGAGCGGGAAGUCAGCCAACAUCCGCGCAACAGUACCACGACGAGAUGCAGUCGCAACAGCAACGCAUGGCAGUAAUGGCCGCCGCCGUGUCAGCGGGUUUGCAAAACUCCGUAUCGCCGAAUUUGUCGCCGGUGGACAUGGCGUCCUUGGCGGCGGCGAUGAGAAUGGGAAACAACGGUGACAUGAGCGGCGGUGCGCAAGGAUCGACGGGACCGCAACAGCAGGGAGUGCAAGCAACCGGACCAGAACAAACGUUGAGAAUGCACCAGGCGGAAGCUUUGUUGCGUUCUCAGGCCGAAGCUGCGCUUAGACUGGCUGUAUCGCAAGCAGCAGCGGCGGCGGCCAGUUCCGCGGUUGGCGGAGACGUGAGACAUCACCUGGGCCAGCACAACGGUGGCAACACCUCUGGCAUGCCUGGACAUCACACGAACCAACAGAUGUCUCAGCAAGACACCUUACCGCCCGACCUUGGGGAAGCGUUGCGAUUACAAGAACAACGACUGGAACAAGCGUUGAGGCUUCACGGUGAUCCUCGAGCCUUGAGUUUCACCAUCCAGCAGGUCGUCAACCAGCAGAACAGUCAGCAACCAUGAAAAUUCAGUUACUACUGAGACGAGUGGACCCCUUGGACGUCGGAGCAGUCGAACCUGCAACAGCAGCAACAGCAGCAGGCUGAACGCCUCAAUCAACAAUCCAUUCAAUCAGCCGAUCGUCCAGGAUCUCUGAACGAUCAGCAGCAGCAGCAAGGUUCGUCUGGCA